GGCCGACUACGACGACUGCGCCGACGCCGUGCUAGACGCGCUCUGCGCCGCGGACCUGGGCGCGCUGCUGGCGCCGCGCGCGGAGGCCGCGGCGCGCUAUACGCCGGCCGUCGAGGUCGACGUCGACGGCGCCGCGACGCCGCUGCGCGACGUCGACGCCUGGGCCACGGCCUGGGAGGACUCGGCGUCGACGCCCGCGGCGCGGCGGCGCGAGGCCGACGCGUCCGCGGCGUUCGAGCGGCUCGUCGUGAGCCGCGGCGGCCGCCUCGCGAGCCCCGCGCCGCGGUCCGCGCCGCCGCCGCGGCCACCGCCGGCCAAACCAUUGCCGCCGAGCGCGCCGCCGAGCGAGCGCAAGAAGAAGGGCACCCCGUCCAAGCCCGCGAAGCCCCAGCUCCUGUUGAAGCGGGCGACGGACGAGCCCGCCGCGGAGCCGCCGCGCGACGACCCGCCGGACGAGCCCGCGGACGAGCCCGGCGCGCGCGUCGCGGCCUGCGAGGCGCUGGCAAACACCGCCGCCGCCGCCGCCGUCGGCGCGCGGCUCCGGAGCCGCCUGGGCGGGCCCGCGGCGACACUCGGCGCGGUCCGCGGCGACUUUGCGAGGGCGACCGCGGCCGACGACCGCGGCAACCUCGUCGCGCUCGUCGGCGCGCUGGAAAGGGAGAUGGCGCGGGCGGCGUCGGCGCCGCCGACGUCGACGCCCGACGACCUCAACUACGCCGCGGAGCGGCCCGCCGUCGACGACGCGACCGACGGCGACCGCGACGACGCGGUGCCCUGGCCCGUGGCGGCCUUCUUCCGCCAGAACAGGGGCGUCUGCGACGGCUGGCUCGAGAGCCUGCGGGGCGACGCCGCGGCGGCGGCGGCGGCGGGCGGGCGCUUCGGCGACGGCGCGUAUCACGCGGAGCGCGCCGCGGCGGCCGCCGCGGCCGCGCCGGAGCCCGGGGAGGCCUUCGACGGCUACGUCGCGCUCGCGGCGGUGCACCGCGUCGGCCUCGGCGACGGCGACGGCUGCGACCAGCUCGCCGCGUGGCGCGCGGAGGUGUUGGGGGGAGGCGCGUGGUGGCUGGAGGCCGCCGGCGACGUCGCGCGCGGCCGCCACGGCGCGGCCGCGGCGGAGCUCGCGGCGCGGCUCGCGGACCCCGCGGCGCCGGCCUGCGCCCUCGACCUCGGCGCCGAGCUCGCCGCGCGGUGCCGCGCGGCGCUCGGCGACGCGCGCGACGUCGCCGUGGCCCUCGACGCCAC